UUUAAGUUGUCGUCAAAGUCAAAGCGCGGUUUCUCUCCCGGCAUCGGCUAAUGUCGGUAAAUAGGAAGAACAGGAUUGUCCAAGUCACGAAUGUGUCGCCGUCUGCGACAUCUGAACAGUUACGCACAUUGUUUGGUCAUGUGGGAGUCUUGGAGGAAGUCGUAGUUUACCCAUCGGACGAUAAGGAGGAGUUGGCCAGCAAGGUUUGCUAUAUACGCUACCAAGAACCUAUAAAUGCCGAAGUUGCACUGCAUCUGAACAAUACUGUCUUCCUCGACAGGGCGCUGAUAGUCCUUCCGCUGUCUGGUGACCGUGAUACUAUUCCUGACGAAAAGUAUGCCAAUCUCGUUAGAGCACCUCCAAAUACUGCUGCUGGCGUCCUCCCACGGACCGCUGAUUGGCCUCUUGAUGUUAUUAGCAUGGUGGUUGGUCGUCCUGGUGAGCAGGUGAUACACACUAUGGAACCUCGUCUUUCCAGUCUGGCAUUCCCCCUAUACCCGCCUCUUCCUGCCACUACUGACGGCAGUCGCAUAGAAGAAAUCCGAAGAACAAUUUUGGUUACAAAUCUUGACCCAAAGACAACAGGCGAUCAGGUACUAGAGUUCUUCAACAAACAUGCCGAAGUACGCUGUGUACGGAUGGCGGGGACUGACUUUGAUCGAGCUGCUUAUGUGGAGUUCACUCAACAACCAUCAAUUAUUAAGGCUUUCGGCCUAAUGGGGGCCACCCUAAACGGCCGCCAGAUAAUGGUACAACAUUCCAACUGUGCGAUUAUUAAACCUGCCAACAACGUUGCUAUGCUUGAUGAGACAUCAAAACGCUCAGCCACAAACGAACAGGCGUCAAGUGUUGGUGGUCACAGUAGCAAACACAGUGAUCGAAGACGCUCACGUUCCCGAUCCCGUGCUCGACGUUCUCGAUCCAGACGCAGAUCAACUUCAAGAAGAUAUCGUAGUCGAUCUAGAGACAGAAGACGCUCCCAUUCUCGUCACAGUCGAGAUAGAAGACGGUCUCCGACACAGUCCCGCUCCAGGUCUCGUGGACAUCGUCACCGCACACGUUCGCGAAGCAGGGAUUAUCGGAGAAGUGACCAUGCUAGGUCAAGGUCUCACAAUCGCAAAAAGCAUCGGCAUUCUCGUUCGCACUCCAGUCGUCGAUACUCACGUAGUCGAUCUAAAGGUCACCGAGGCGACCAUCGUGACCGGCAGAACAGAAACACCCGUGAAAGGGAUCGGACACGAGACCGCGACAGGGAUCGUGAGAAAAUCCGAGAAAGAGAACGCGAAAAAGAACGUGAGCGAAAUCGUGGACCUGAUCGCAGAGAUCGUGAAAAAUAUCGUCACAGUGAAAGAGAUUUUGAAGACAGACGGGAUUCCAAGCCGAAGAAACACCGAGAUGUUCCAACGAAGCAAAGUCACAGCAACGGAGCAGUUCGACAGGAAAAAAGAGAAAAGAAUCCCGAAGUCAACAAUCGUCCGAGUGCAACUUUGGAUGAGGUUCCAUCCUCAAAGAAAAGCAAACAUACAGACAGUAUCAGCAGUUGCAGUGACAGUGAGGAUGAAAAUAGUAAGAUAUGUCCUGCUGAAAGUAUGGAAAAUGGAAAGACCCAAAGUGAUGAUGAUACUCAUUCUAGUAAUGAGCAACCACCCAAACCUACAGUUGUAGGGGUGAAGCUAGCAGGCCCUGAAGAUAUGGACCAUUUAUCUCCCGACAACGUACAAUCAGAGUUACCCCUCAUUUCACAUAUUUCACCUGAAAGCGACUCAUCUGGUGAAGCUAUGGACACAGAGGCAUAAUCUAUCCAUUGAAUACCUUAAUUUCGCUAACCAAUGUAUCAUAUGUAACCUUCCGUUUUAUUUUUAAAUCUGAUGUGGCGGGGACCAUGCAAACAGUCAGGGUUCAUUAUGGUGUAUAGAUACUGCGACAGCAAACAGCUUUCCCCGAAUGGGAUAAAAAUAAUCUGAAGAAAACAAUAAGAGCAG